GUAACACCGCCCAGGGGGCAGAGCAUGUUGAUCUGCCAUCUGUCCAACAACGGCUCGGAAGGAAGGUACAAAAACAGAUGACAAAAGUUAAAGAGGAGGAGCGCCGUUUCGACACACUGUGUGAGGCUUGACAGGGGUUUUGCCCCACUUGACACCGCGACAUGGACGCUUUGAAAUCCGCUGGAAGAGCCAUAAUACGAAGCCCCAGCAUCGCCAAACAGUCGUGGGGAGGCGGUAGACAUAAAAAGCUUCCUGAAAAUUGGACAGACACGAGGGAAACCCUUCUGGAGGGCAUGGUGUUCCAGCUCAAGUACCUGGGGGUCACAAUGGUUGAGCAACCCAAAGGAGAAGAGCUGUCUGCUGCUGCUGUCAAGAGAAUAGUGGCCACAGCCAAAGCCAGUGGAAAAAAACUCCAGAAAGUCUCGCUAACAGUAUCCCCUCGUGGAAUCAUCCUUUACGACAGUGCCUCCAACCAGCUGAUAGAAAACAUUUCCAUUUACAGAAUUUCUUAUUGCACAGCAGACAAAAUGCACGAUAAAGUAUUUGCCUACAUCGUCCAGAGCCAGCAUAACGAGACUCUUGAGUGUCAUGCCUUCCUCUGCACAAAGAGAAAAGUGGCGCAGGCAGUAACCCUAACAGUGGCCCAGGCUUUCAGAGUUGCGUUUGAAUUCUGGCAGGCUGCCAAGGAAGAGAAGGAGAAGCGAGUGAAAUCUGGUUCAGAUGGUGAAGGAGCCAACAGCUCCCAUUCAGACAGCUCAGCAAGCCUUGGCAGCCUGAAGGGAGGAGAUGUAGCUACAACAAAACUCCUGGAUUUGGCAGAAGGGGCUGACGUAGCUUUGGUCCACUCAGGAACAAUAGAAAAUGAAUCAAAUCCCUUCAUGGUGCAUAAUCGUGCAACUGAGAACAACAAUACCGUUUGGGAACUCGAGGACGGUCUGGAUGAGGCUUUCUCAAGCCGCAGUCUGGAUAGCUUUGAAUCCUGCUCAGACUCGCUGAGUCUCGCACUAACCCCCAGGUCCUGGACAUUGGGGUAAACCCUCAGGAUUUUACCACUGACGAGUGCCUGUCCCCAGGCAAAUGGGACCAAGAGGACACAGACUUUCCAGCACAAAAAGACUCUCUGGGGUUCUAAAUAAAGGCCUCCCCUCAGAUAGCCGACCGCCAAGGGGGAAAAAUAACAAGGAAUGCCGGCAGGUUCUCCGCCCGUACCCUGAAGAUCGGUGACGUCUUCUGAUUGGCUCAGACUGGCGUUUCUCAGGUGCUUCUGCAUCUACACAACCAGAGAAGGUUGACAUGAGCAGGCUUCGCACUCAACAAGCCAAAGCAAUAUAAACCACUUUACCACUUUAUCUGUACAAGAUCAUGCACCAAGUCACCAUUUGUUUGUUACAGUCAGUAUAUUGGUUUUGGUCUCUCAGCACCUCCUUAGCCAGUCACUGCAUGUGUUGUGCUUGUUACGUUUCAUUGUUUUACACCAUGUUGGAAUGGAAUAUGUGUAUUUGAUAGAACUUAUGGCAUGGCAACUAUAACUUUUACCACAAAAGGUCAUGAUCAACAAGGGUGCUGUCAUUAUUAAGGAUGGAGAUGUUUAGUCUGAUUGGAGAUGGAGACAGAUUGAUUUCACUGGUGAAUAUCACCAAAGCACCAAAACUCACCUGUAUUGGGCAAAACUAGUUACCUUUGUGCCCCAAGGCUCCUCCUGCCUGUCAUAGGGCAAUACAAGCUUUAAGGAAAAGUGUGUAUGUGUAGGUCAAAGUGUGUGUGCUUGAAAGACAAGACAAUCCUUUUUUUUUUUUUGGUCCCAAAUGCAAAAUCUAUUUUUGCACUGUGCAUGUAUCCAUGUUUAAAAGCACAUACAGUGUUGUCUAAGGGAAUUAAAUGUCAAAGUAAUUAUUUGUGUAAGACAUGUGUCUUCAUUAAUCUACAGUGGAUUAACCUUUUCUGCAUUAUAAAAAUAUGGUGCAUUUAGUGACUUAAUUUCAAAGUUAAGUCUAUAAAUAAAGUGUACCACAAAGACAUUUGUGCAAAAACAACAACAAAAUAAAAGUCAAAGCCACUUCAUUAAAAUACAACAUCCAAAGGGUAACCACUGUUUGGAUAAAGUGCUGCAUUGACUUUAGGAUAUUUUAAAACAUCCCCGUGUUUUUACACUUUGUUUCAUGUAUGAAAUUAAUUCAUAUUAAUUUUAUUUGCUUAUGUAUAUCUGUUCUUGUUGUAAACUACAUUUUAGAUCAAAUCGUGAAUUUUUUUUAACAUAUCUUAGAUUUGUAUUUUAUGCUGAAUGCUCAAUUUGUUUGACCAUGUCCAGAAAGUUUAACUUCAUGAGGUUUCUAUUGCUAUAUUAAGUUGUGUAUAUAUAUAUAUAUAUUUUUAUGUUUCUUCCAGCACAUCGUACAAAGAGGUCGCUUCCAAUGAAAUAUUUUGUAAUAUCCCGUGAGGAAGAGUAACAAAACAUUGUAAUAAUUAAAACAAACUUUGUAUUCAUAAAGUCACAGUGUAUUAUUCAGCAAUGGUUUAAAAAAAGGUCACAACAUGAAGUAAU